GGCCCCCACGAAUGAUGCGCGCUCGCGGAGCCUUGACUGGUGCGCGGCAGCGCGGUGUAAAAUUCGUCUCGUGCGGUAAACCUCUUUCUCGCGGGCUGUUCCGCCCUCUCGUACCAUCCAGUCAGCUGUGAGCCGUUAUGCCCGUGUGUUUGCCUUGGGGGCUCGUGGACACCGACCAAGCAAGCAGCACCGGGUUCUAGGAGAACCAUAAUAACAGGUGCACAACGAUAGAAGGCUCGUGACAGUUGACGUCAUCAUCUUUGAAUUUCCUCCUCUUCGCGCGCAGGACGACUGAAGAAGACUGCUGAAGAUCUCCACAGGUCCUGGUGGUCCGCCAUGGCCCACACCAACACCAGCAUUCCCCGUGGGGCGCUGGAGGAUUCGCCUAACAUGCUGGUCUAUAGGAAGAUGGAAGACGUGGUUGCUCGUAUGCAGGAGGAGAAGAAUGGAAUUCCCAUCAAGACUGUGAAGAGUUUUUUAUCCAAGAUCCCCAGCGUCAUAUCAGGGUCAGACAUUGUCCAGUGGAUGCUUACACAUCUAAACAUGGAGGAUCCAGUCGAGGCUCUUCAUCUGGGAACGUUGAUGGCUGCUCACGGCUACUUCUUCCCCAUCUCUGACCACGUCCUGACCUUGAAGGACGACGGCACCUUCUACCGGUUCCAGACUCCAUACUUCUGGCCCUCAAACUGCUGGGAGCCAGAGAACACAGAUUAUGCCGUCUACCUGUGCAAGAGGACCAUGCAGAACAAGGCCAGGCUGGAGCUGGCCGACUACGAAGCGGAGAGUUUAGCUCGACUUCAGAGAGCCUAUGCCCGUAAAUGGGAGUUCAUCUUCAUGCAAGCAGAAGCACAAGCUAAGGUAGACAAGAAGAGGGACAAGGUGGAGAGGAAGGUUCUGGACAGCCAGGAGAGGGCCUUCUGGGACGUCCACCGGCCUGUGCCGGGCUGCGUCAACACCACAGAGACGGACAUCAAGAAAUCCUCUCGGAUGAAAGAACCGCAUAAAACCAGGAAGUCAGUGUAUGGCUUGCAGAACGACGUUGGCUGUCACAGUCCUGUGAACACUGCUACACCAGAGACCAAAGAGCCAACGAAGGAGGAGCUACGGCAACAGAUUCUAUGUUGGCAGGCCCAGCUGGAGAGACAUCGGUUAAAGAUGUCCAAGGCAGCAGACAGCCUGAUCAGCUACAGCCAGCAGUACACGGAGUACGACCCCUGCUUCACCUCCCCGGAGCCCUCCAACCCCUGGACCUCUGACGACACCACCUGCUGGGAGCUGGAGACCAGUAAAGAGCCAGGGCAACAGAGAGUACGGCGAUGGGGAUUUGGCUUCAAUGAGGUUCUGAAGGAUCCGGCCGGUCGAGAACAGUUCCUCAAGUUCUUGGAGUCUGAAUUCAGCUCAGAGAACCUCAGGUUCUGGCUGGCGGUGCAGGAGCUGAAGAAGCGGCCCGUCAGAGAAGUAGCGACUCUGGUCCACAACAUCUGGCAGGAGUUCCUGGCCCCGGGGGCACCAAGUGCCAUCAACGUGGAUUCCAAAAGCUAUGCCAAGACCACCCACAAUAUCAAAGACCCCGGCCGCUACACCUUUGAGGACGCACAGGAGCACAUCUACAAGCUGAUGAAGAGCGACUCGUACAGCCGCUUCCUCCGCUCCAGCUGCUACCAGGAGCUGCUGCAGGCCAGGAAGAAGCUGUAGCUCUCUGCUCUCUGUGUUGCACCUCCUCCCAGCAUGUCGUUCGCUGGUUUGCUUUGCAUGUUUUUUGCUGUUGUGUCUUUUUUGUGGUUGUUUUUGUCUUGAUAUUCGAACUAAGCCGUCUGCCAUUUUGAGCGAUUGUUUUGUGAUGCGGUAAGUGAUUCCUUAGAGAGAAAGAAACAUUUGCCAUUAGGGAAUAUCAUGCUUUCUGCUAAAUGAGCUACAAAGUAUUUUCAAUAAUUCUGUAAAUGGUUGUUCAUGAAACCUAGAAUGUUAAAUAAUUGUAUUCUUCAAAUGUCUUCUUAUUUAUUGUUGUCUUAUUGCUUUUUAAUUCCCUUCUCUGGCCACAGAAAAGCAAAACCUUGUUCUGAAGUACGCAGGACCACAAAGAUCAGCUCUCGACAAUAUCAACUGUAGCAAGUGGCCAUGGAGACGUCUCAUAUGAACUGUAGCCAUGGAGACAUCUCAUAUGAACUGUAGCCUUCGUCUCUUAUAAACUGUAGCCAGUGGACAUGGAGACGUCUCAUAUGAACUGUAGCCAUGGAGAUGGAGACAUGGAAGGACAGUCCUGAAAAACGAUUUUGUGGGGUAUUACAUCCUAUGUGCAUAUGUGUGUGUUUCAUUGACAUUUUCCAGACAAACAUCCCCACCUGGAAACCAAUCACAUGAGAACAAUUCUUGGGAACAUUUCCACAAAUGACUCAAAUGGAUCUUGUAGUUUUCCUACUCCUUGCAUACAUUCCAUCUUCACAGAGAACACCAACGCAAGGGAAGCAAUGCUGUAGCCAUGGUUUAAUGAGUUAGCUCAGACUGGUAUGGAGAUCCAAGUCUUGGAUUGAGACUGGGAUGGAGAUCUGCAUGUUCACUGGCUACAGUUCAUAUGAGACGAUGGAGAUCCCAGUCUAGGAUGAAGACUGUGAUGGAGAACCCAGUCUGAAUGAGAUCAGACUCAGUUAUUAAUUUAUUUAGGUUUAUUUAAUUACACUUAAAAUAAAUAAUGGGAGGUUUAUGGAUCAAAUAUAUGAGGAAUACUUUAAUCAGAAAUCUCAAUGUGUUUUUCUUUCACUAAUGUUUGUGGUUUGAAACACUGCUGGUGAGUGAGGUGACUGUCUUCAAGGGCUCAUGGCUACAGUAGAGGAGCAAGAGACACGGUCCUGUCCAUCUUAUUUGUACAGCCCUAAAUCACAGUUUGAAGAAACUCUAAUCCAAACGGAAAAAGCUCCAGAAGGAACCAAGAGUGGGAGAACCAGAAGGGAUGUCUGGUAGCAGAAACAAAGGUUUCUUAAUAUUAAGCCUUUGGAGAAUAAUUUAUAUUUGUUGUUAAUACAGAGCUAAACUCAAUGAUGUCCAAGGUUAAUGUUGAAAACCAAAUGGGGUUAAAGGUUAGUAGGAUUUAUUGUCAAGGCAGGUCUCUGAUAUUUAUACCUUUUAUAUCGAUUUCCCUUUUUUCAGAUGUUGAGGAUCUUAAUACUAGAAAAGUAUGAAACGUCCUAUUAAGGGUGUACUAUUUAUAUGGCUUCAGCUAUGAAGCAGCUCAUAAAUGUUUGUUUGACAUUUGACUGGAUAUCAUGACAUGCUAAUGUAAUAAAUUAUGUGAUAGCAAUUUAAUAAAGCACAGCCUAGAAUUAAA